AUGCAUACGGUCGCUAUUGCCCUAGGCUCUAAUCUCGGAGACCGAUUCCGAAAUAUAGAGCUCGCCUUACGCUUGCUGGAGAUCCCACAACAGCUUCUAUCAUCUGAUGGGCAAGAAGAGUCUGACGAACGAGGGGAGGUGAAGGCCGAGGAAGAUUCGCCUUUAGAGUUGACAGCGACGGUGUCCGUCGUGAACACAUCUUUUUUGUAUGAGACAGCACCGAUGUACGUCACGGACCAACCAUCCUUCAUCAAUUGUGCUUGUCUGGUAGAAACGAAUCUCCCACCAACGACAAUGCUCCGUCUUUUGAAAAAGAUUGAAAUGAUCGUUGGGCGUGUCCCAUCUAUCCGAUUUGGACCAAGAGCUGUGGACCUCGAUCUGGUGUUGUAUGACCAACAAGUGCUUGACACCCGCGAGCUCGUUAUUCCGCAUCCAAGACUGGUGGAGAGAGAAUUCGUCUUGCGGCCUUUGAAUGACAUGAUUCCGGAUUACAUUCAUCCUAUACACCACAAGUCCCUGCGCAGCCUUUUGAAGAAAACACUCACAUACUGGACUUACCCAAACACCUCCCAUUCUUCUGCACCCACCCAUACCGGUAACUCCCACGGCAAACUGAAUGUCCACCACCACCCAAAACACAAGUCAACGUACCUGAUGAGCACACUAAACGCAACCCCAGACUCUUUCUCUGACGGAUUGACGCACAACACAUUACCAACCGCCCUGUCCUACGCGCGCGAGUCCGUUUCAGCCGGAGCGGCUAUCAUUGAUAUAGGUGGGUAUUCCACGCGCCCUGGGGCGGCGUUUGUGGGUGUGCAAGAGGAGAUUGAUCGUGUUGUGCCGGUUGUACAAGCUAUACGGCUUGCUGCGGCCGAAGAGUCGGAGAAGCUGAGGCAUGUACUGAUCAGUGUGGAUACGUUCAGGUGGGAGGUGGCAGAGGCGGCUGUUAGAGCAGGGGCGAACUGCAUUAACGACGUUUAUGCGUUCACUGGGCCGGAGUAUUUCUUGGAACGUGUUGCGAGGGAAUAUGCGACCCCAUGUGUGCUUAUGCAUUCUCGAGGGGAGGCGGGGCAGAAUAAAGGGUAUAAAGCCAUGUAUGGGUACGCUGGGCUGAGAGGGGCGGUUGUUGAGGGUGUGAGGGUUGAGUUGGGGCAGAAGGUGAAUGCGGUUGUGAGAGGGCGGGGAGGGGUGAGGAGGUGGUUGGUUGUUGCGGACCCUGGGGUUGGGUUUAGUAAGACUGUUGAAGGAAAUUUGGAGGUUUUGAGGGAUGCGAAGGGGGUGUGUUCAGGUGAUAAAAAAUAUCGGAACCCGCUUGCUGGGUACCCAUUCCUCAUUGGGACGUCGAGGAAGUCGUAUAUUGGCGGUGUGUUGGCACAAGGACCGGGGGGACGGGAGACUGUACCGACUGAGAGGGUGUGGGCUACGGCUGCGGGGGUGGCGUGUGCCGUUCAGCAGGGGGCGUUGGUUGUGAGGGUGCAUGAUACGAGGGAAAUGGCGGAUGUGGUUAGGAUGGCUGAUGCUUUGUGGGGUUGA